AUCUGUUGAAAGAAGGUGGAUCAAAAGUAUUUCCAGAUAUGGAGGCAUUGAUAGAGCAGUUGAAGAGCGUGAAUGAGAAAAUGGAUAUAGUACAAAAAGAAAACAUGUUCAUCACUAAGAGACUAAAUAGAGAGGAAGAGUUGAGGAAAACAUCUGAAAUCGAUGACAAUAAAUUAGACAAGCUUUUAGCACAGGUGCUGGAAUUGUCCGAGACAGAUUCCAGACAGAACAAAGAAAUCUCGGAGUUAAUCACAGAAAUUCUGACAACGAACGAAAAAAUCUCCGAACUGAACCAGGCUAUUGCUCAAGUCAAGGAUAUAGGUACAAUGCAAGCUUUAGGGAAUUCUGAAGUUCAUCAACAUACCACUGGAGUUGAUGACCAACAGAGAGAAGAAAGCAGAACUGAAGUUGAUGUAAAUCAAUCUGAUGAUUUAAGUAAAGUAGUACAUGAUGAACAACCAACAGCAUUACCUGGAGUUGGAGAUAUAUCAAGAAAACUUUCUUUAGAAGUAUUAGAAGAUAAAACCGAUGAAGAAUUGAAUACAAGUGAUGAAAAGACUGAUGAUCUUGACGUCAGAGGAACCGUUGAUGAACAUGAUUCUGCUGAAGAAUCGAAAUCUGAAGCUUCGAUAGUGGAAACCUGCCAUUCUGAACAAAAUGGACCAGUGGAGACUAUGCAGGCAAAAGCUGAAAACGAACACAGUUUGUCAAGAAGUAAUGUUGAGCAUACUUCCGUCGUAUUUGAAGAUGAGAAGCAUAUAUCUGAAUCGCCGAAGCCUUCAGCGGAGGAUAAUAACAAAGAAUCUGAACAACAUAUCAAAGAAAAUGGUACUUCGUUUCAAAGAUCAGCUGCCAUGGAGGAGAUGCUGACCAAAACGGAGACGACACGGAAACUGAAAAGGAGGCAAACACGGCCUGACUUUGACAACAGACUUGUUGUCAUGACCGAGGAAUCGCAGAAUGUGGUAACUGAGGAAUCGCAAAAUGUUGAACAAAAGUUAGACAGGAAGACAGGGUCUCCUUCUUUAGAAGACUUUAAGAUGUCCUUGGUAAAGGCAAGACGAGUUGACACAGACCACUGGUUGGAAGAGGCAAGAUUAGCAGGAAGGAAACAUGCUGACUCAAUACAUCAACAUGGGAGUGGAUUUGAUACUGUAUUCAUUCUGGAUACAUCUGCCAGCAUGGAGGGUGAUGGUAUUAAACAACUUAAAGGCGCAGUUAGGGACAUAUUAAAUGAAUACCAAAGAUUUCCUGCAUUAGAUCAAAAUGUGGCUGUUAUCACAUUUGGAAAAGAAAAUAAAUUUCGUUGCUAUUAUUCUAACCGCUACUACGAGAUCAAGCAAUCUGUUGACGAAUUAACUUGUGGUGGUUCGUCUCCAAUGGGAGCAGGUCUCUUGCUUUCAUUAGGCGCACGAGUUGGAAUUAGCAAAGUUGGGAAGUGGCACAUUAGGCCAAAUAUUAUUCUCAUUUCGGAUGGCAGGGCGACAGAUGAACAUUACCCUGACGGUCCAGAGGACCCAGAUAUAUACGAUAGAAGAAGAACACUUUUAGAAUUAACGAAUAUUGUUGAGCACCUUGCGCAUAGAGAGCUUUCAAUUAAAUGUGUACCUGUUGGGGACCCAGAUAUGUCUGUAUUUGAAAUGAUAUCUGGGCUUUCGAUUGGAGGAAAAAUCGUCCAUCUGCAUGAGGCCAGAAAGCUUGGGAGGUUUCCACACAACGUUAGAAUUGCUGGAAGGUUGCAGGAUGCCUUAAGGAACCCCAAAGAGAUGGACAAACCGACAUUUGAAGCAAUUUUACCUAAUAUAGUGACGACACCAACAGAAUUCACUCAAGAUGACAUGGAUGAUAUAUAUGAGAUGGUUACUGGAUCUUCAGAAGAAUUUAAGCCAGUAAUCGAUAAAGAAGAAGAAGAAAAAGAUGAUGAAUGUCAAGAGAGGGACUCCAACAUGCCUCACAUCGGCACCAGAGUACGGCGUGGUCCGGACUGGAUAUGGAAUGAACAGGAUAGUCGUCGUCCAGGCACAGUGACAGGGCACCCUAAAGAUGCUGGUUGGAUUUCCGUGGAAUGGGAUACAGGAGGGAAUUAUAGGUACAGAUACGGUGCUGAUGGAUGUUAUGAUGUCGUGGUGUGUGAUGACCCUCGGGUACUGCAUGAUGAGAUGAUAGCGGUGGGCUGCUUGGUAUCUAGAGGAAUUGACUGGGAAUGGGGAGACCAAGAUGGAGGCCCGGGCUGUGUAGGAUCUGUUUAUCGUGUCAAUGACAGUGCAAUUAUUCACGUACGUUGGCCAAAUGGUAACAAAAGUAAUUAUCGUUUUGGAUUUGACGGAAAAUUUGAUGUUCAACUUUGUGAUCCAUUCUCUUCGGAAGUGAAAGAAGCUUUAAAACGUCAGAAUAUGAUGUCUUCCGCAAGUAGUCAAAUGAUGAACCCACCUACACCGUCCAAAGCGACAACAAAUAUAGACCCGAAAAAAGGCAAAGAUAUAGAAAAGCAACAUGAAGCUGAAGAAGAUAAAAUGUCCCCUGAAGACUUGAAACAUGCUAGUACUUCUUUUAACAUUAUGGAUAUGGCACCCCCAGUAAAACAUUCCGUUUGGUCGGAUUUUGAUUUUCCUGCUGAUAUCUCCAACAGUCCUUCAAAUAUGAGAAACAGACAAAAACCUGCUGCCAGGGUAACCACCACAAAAGUCAGAAACUCUAACAAUCAAGGGGGAAAAGAAAAGUCAAAUGAUCAACAGCAAUCACAUUCGCACGAUAGAUCACUGAAAAAUAGUAGUGAUUCAAAGGAUGUUCAAAAUGCAGGUCCAUCAAUGGAAGGUGCUUGGCAAAUAGAAUACAAAGAAAGUGCUCAUGCAGAACCAGAUGUUCAAACUGUAGACACUGUUAAUAAUCAGUUUGUUAAAAAUCAGUCUGCAGUGUCAAGUAAUUCAGUCUCUCUAUACAAUCAUGCACCUGCAGAAUACGAGAAAAGCACAAAUCAAGUAAAACCUACCGACACUAUCGAUGAAAAUAAACCAAGCUCAAUAUCUCCUUCAAAACGUUUGGAAGAUCAACACACAGGAGAGCAACAGAGGAGUAAUAGAAAUAGCUAUUCAAGCGUUCCGGAUGAAGUCUCUGACACAACGUGCUGGGAGUGGAAAGAUGCAUUUGGACAGUGGAAUAUGUAUCCCGAGGAAGUACAAGAUAAAUUGCGGAAAAACAUCCUGAAAAAUCCGAAAUCAACAGUGCUAAUAUCUCUAGACAAUUCACAUUUCAGAGUUGUACUAUCUAAGGGAAAACAUAUUAACACAGAAACCAGGGAAACUUCAGAAAUAAGAAAAUUUGAUCCUUAUCAAGUGAAAUGACAAAGGAAAACCAGGAUAUUUGACAAAAUGAAAUUUCCCCCCUGCCAGUUGUUCAAAGUAAAAUUAACUGAUCAUAAAUCUAAUUUGAUUGUAACAUUUACAGUGACUUACUGAUAUUUAAUUAUGAACGUAUUAAGUUUAGGUAAUUUAUUCUCGCAUUUCAGCUUUGAAUUUGACCAGAGCUAGGAAUAAAU